GACGCUGCCUGCUCCUGCCAUGGUGCCUCGGCCCUGCCGGGCGGAUGGAGCAGGAUCCCAAGCCGCCCCGUCUGCGGCUCUUGGACCUGCUCCCCUGGCUGCCCAGGAAGCAGCGGCCCAGGAUCAGCCAGACCUCUCUGCCUGCCCCUGGUCCUGGCUCUGGCUCCAGGCGGGACUUGGAUGAGGGCGUCCUCAAGGAGAUCUCCAUCACGCACCAUGUCAAGGCUGGCUCUGAGAAGGCUGACCCGUCCCAUUUUGAGCUGCUCAAGGUUCUGGGCCAGGGAUCCUUUGGCAAAGUCUUCCUGGUGCGGAAGGUCACCCGGCCCGACAGUGGGCACCUGUAUGCCAUGAAGGUACUAAAGAAGGCAACGCUGAAAGUGCGUGACCGCGUUCGGACCAAGAUGGAAAGAGACAUCCUGGCUGAUGUAAACCACCCAUUUGUGGUAAAGCUGCACUAUGCCUUCCAGACCGAGGGCAAGCUCUAUCUUAUUCUGGACUUCUUGCGUGGCGGGGACCUCUUCACACGGCUCUCUAAAGAGGUUAUGUUCACAGAGGAGGACGUGAAGUUUUACCUGGCCGAGCUGGCCUUGGGCCUAGACCACCUGCACAGCUUGGGCAUUAUUUACAGGGACCUCAAGCCUGAGAACAUCCUUCUAGAUGAGGAGGGCCACAUCAAACUCACUGACUUCGGCCUGAGCAAAGAGGCCAUUGACCACGAGAAGAAGGCCUAUUCCUUCUGUGGGACGGUGGAGUACAUGGCUCCCGAAGUUGUCAACCGCCAGGGCCACACCCACAGUGCAGAUUGGUGGUCCUAUGGGGUGUUGAUGUUUGAGAUGUUGACGGGCUCCUUGCCCUUCCAGGGAAAGGACCGGAAGGAGACAAUGACACUGAUUCUGAAGGCGAAGCUAGGCAUGCCCCAGUUUCUGAGCACGGAAGCCCAGAGCCUCCUGCGGGCCCUGUUCAAGCGGAAUCCUGCCAACCGGCUCGGCUCCGGCCCUGAUGGGGCAGAGGAAAUCAAGCGACAUGUCUUCUACUCCACCAUUGACUGGAAUAAGCUGUACCGCCGUGAGAUCAAGCCGCCCUUCAAGCCGGCCGUGGCGCAACCCGAUGACACCUUCUACUUUGACACUGAGUUCACAUCCCGUACACCCAAAGACUCCCCAGGCAUCCCCGCUAGUGCUGGUGCCCAUCAGCUGUUCCGUGGUUUCAGCUUUGUGGCCACUGGCCUGAUGGAGGAUGAUGGCAAGCCUCGGGCUACACAGGCACCACUGCACUCGGUAGUACAGCAACUCCAUGGGAAGAACCUGGUUUUUAGUGACGGCUACGUGGUAAAGGAGACGAUUGGUGUGGGCUCCUACUCUGUGUGCAAGCGCUGUGUCCACAAGGCCACCAACAUGGAAUAUGCUGUCAAGGUCAUCGACAAGAGCAAGCGGGAUCCUUCAGAAGAGAUUGAGAUUCUUCUGCGGUACGGGCAGCACCCCAACAUCAUCACUCUGAAGGAUGUGUACGAUGACGGCAAACACGUGUACCUGGUGACAGAGCUGAUGCGGGGCGGAGAGCUGCUGGACAAGAUCCUACGGCAGAAAUUCUUCUCGGAGCGGGAGGCCAGCUUCGUCCUGUACACCAUCAGCAAGACCGUGGAGUAUCUGCACUCCCAGGGGGUCGUGCAUAGAGACCUCAAGCCCAGCAACAUCUUGUAUGUGGACGAGUCUGGGAACCCCGAGUGCCUGCGCAUCUGUGACUUUGGCUUCGCCAAGCAGCUACGGGCUGAGAAUGGGCUACUCAUGACACCUUGCUAUACUGCCAACUUUGUGGCACCUGAGGUGCUUAAGCGCCAAGGCUACGACGAAGGCUGCGACAUCUGGAGCCUGGGCGUUCUGCUGUACACCAUGCUGGCGGGAUAUACCCCGUUUGCCAACGGACCCAGUGACACCCCAGAGGAAAUCCUGACCCGGAUCGGCAGUGGGAAGUUCACCCUCAGCGGGGGAAACUGGAACACGGUUUCAGAGACAGCCAAGGACCUGGUGUCCAAGAUGCUGCACGUGGACCCCCACCAGCGCCUCACAGCUAAGCAGGUCCUGCAGCACCCAUGGAUCACCCAGAAAGACAAGCUUCCCCAGAGCCAGCUGUCCCACCAGGACCUACAACUUGUGAAGGGAGCCAUGGCAGCUACAUACUCUGCACUCAACAGUUCCAAGCCCACCCCUCAGCUGAAGCCCAUUGAGUCAUCUAUCCUGGCUCAGCGGCGAGUGAGGAAGCUGCCGUCCACCACACUGUGAGGGGUCAGGGCAUCCAAGCCCCAAGGCGGUGCCAGCUCAAUGGAGGCAGCAGAUUUCCCAGAGGGAGUAAGCCUGAGUCACAGGGCCAGAGGGAGCAGAGCUCAAGGGGCCCAGGAAGCAGCCAGCCCAGAUCACCCAAGUAAGGGUGUGAGAAGUGCCUUCUCCUUCCCCAGGAUGGACUCUUCUCGGCUCAAGCUCUGCUGGUUGAAAUUGAUUCACUGUACAAACUUUUUUUUAAGGGAAAAAUGACAUCAACCACCAUGGAUUUUUACAAGAUUCAUUUGCCUUUCUGGGAGCAGAAAUAGUGACUGUAGCCCCAGGAGGGGCACUGAGUCAUACUAGGGCUCAAUGUGGCUGAGGCUCAUUAGAGCAGCUUUGGGGUCCUACCCUGGGGACCCCCGCAUUUGGUCAUCUCUAGCCAUCUGCACUCGCCUUCGAGGCAGUGCAGCACCACCUUCCAGAGCCUUUGGCUGUUUAGCAGAAUUUGCUCCUUCCCUGGUCAGUUCCUUUUCUGUUCUGUUCUGCUGGGGGGUCUGGAACCACUUCCUGCUAGAGGAGAGGACCAAGGCCUUGUGUAUCCCAGCUCCCAGCACCAGCAUCCACAUCCACCCCGCCUCCGGAGGAGGAUCAGAAAGCACUUUUUGGCUGAAUUCUGUUGGAGACUGCCACAGGACAGAAUUCACAGGAGGCCUGUGGAGCAGGCCAGGAGGGGCAGGGACUUUUUUUCAUUUCUUCCUCAGCUGGUAACUCAGGGUUCAUCUAUCCAUGGCCUUUCUAAUAAACUUACAGUUGAGUUGAAGCACA